AUGAGCAACUUGAAUCAGCAUCGAGUACAAGAGAGUGACAUUCAUGAUUGUGUGAGAAAGUGUCAUAUCAUCCCAUCCGGUGAGAUCAUCAAAGUCAAAAGAUUAGGCGCAGGGAGCUUUGGUGAGGUGACACUCGGAGAGUGGCUGGGAUCACCAGUGGCGCUCAAAACCCUCAACGAACAGAAUGGUUCUGCUGACCUUUCUGGCUCUUCAACCAAAGAAUUCCUCAAGGAGUUGCGGUUGCUGGCAGACCUUUCGCACAGCAAGAUCGUGAGGUUCUUGGGGGUUUGUGCUUCUCCCCCCUGCAUAGUCCUCGAUUUCUACUCUCAUGGCUCGUUGGAUAAUGUCUUACACGUUCAAAAAGCUGCCAUCACAUACGGGCAAGUGCUCAGUAUAGCUCAAGACGUCGCGCUGGGAAUGCGAUUCUUGCAUCAUAGAGACAUUCUUCACCGGGACUUGAAGCCGCAGAACAUCUUGAUCGAUAAAGGGCUAGGAGCAAGAAUAGCCGACUUCGGUCUCGCCAAGACUUUAGUGAAGACUGGGGUGUCAGAGGAGGGGCUGACGGGAACGGUUCCUUACAUGGCACCAGAGAUCCUUGCCCGUCAACCCUACAGCUUUCCGGUCGAUGUCUACGCCUUCGCGAUUCUGCUGAAUGAAAUGAUCGCGUCGGAACGCCCGUAUGACGGGAACGAAGUCGAUGCAGUAGUUCACGCGGUCUUGUCUCUAGAUAAGCGACCGACCAUGGGGUCAUGCACGCCAAGCAUGACCAAGAUGAUCCAAGACUGUUGGAAGAAACGAGCGAGCGACAGGCCGACGUUCCCACACAUCGUGAGCGAUCUCAAG